AAAGAAGACGAGAGGAAUCUGUCCAAGGCCAGAAAAGCCAAACCCUUUAAUUAAACCGUGUUUUCGUCCGUCGGUCGGUGUAGCCUUUUUCCCGUUUUACAGUCUCCCCUUUACGCUUUUACUAUCUCUGUUCUACAUACCCUUUUGCUGCCCAGCUUUGUCCUUGCCCUGUGUAAGAAUGGAAUGGAAUGGCGCACUAACUAACUGAGAGAUCGAUAAUGGAAAUGAGAGGGAAUCUGUAAGGCAGCUUAUUGCGAUUGCGAUUGCGAUUGCUUUGCUUAGCCAGGACGAGAGGAGAGUCUCUUUCGUUGGCCAUUUACUUCGAGAUAAUUAAUUAUUAAGCUUGCAUGUGCUCUCUACUAUCUAUAUUAAGCUCUCCGACGGAACUCCUAAACCGUCAUCUGAUCAUUUAACCACAACAACACUUCAUUCUUUCUUUCCUCUCUCUCACGGACGUCUUCUUCUUCUUCCUCUUCGUUCUGUUCGUCCAAAGACAUUUACAAGGUGAUCAGGCGGCGUAUUCGCAGCUUGCUUAAUUUGCGCGCAUUCAUUUUGUUGCAGUAUUUUGUUAAGCUUUCGUUAUACUAGAAGAGAGUCUUUUAAUCAAGGAGACGCCAUUAUUAAUUAAGCUGUGUUGUUUUUUAUUUUUAUUUGUUGCAGUAACGUAAGUGGUUGUGUUUCUCUCCUUAAUUUUCUUCCUCGGGAGCAAGGCUAAGCUAGCUGUUGAAGCUCUAUAGAAGGUCGGCCGGCCCCCGGAGCCUUGAUUUUGUCCGUCCAAAGACUUUACAAGGUGAUCAGGCGGCUUAUCGGCAGCUUUUCAUGCAUUUUUCAUAGUUAAGCUCGAGGUACGUAACGAAAGCUAUCGGUAAUACUUAACGGAGAUGGUUUUAAUUAAUUAAGGAGACGCCAUUAAUGACGCCGGCGUGCUUAAUGUUUUUGGCAGCAACUGGAUUUUCUUGGGAGCUAUCUAGCGAGCUGUUGAAUCUCUGACUCUGUAGAAGAUCCUCCUCGAUCUGCGGCCGCCGGUGUAAUAUCUCUGAGCAUUGGAUUCAGGUAUAUAUUUGCGGCCAUCUCUUUUGUUCUGUGGCUUGCAUGUAUAUAUAGCGAAAUGUCCAUUAAUUCUAACUCGCUACCGUACUGAUUUACAGCUGCUUGCGAACUUAAAAUGGCAAGGGUUGUAAGAUUUCGAGAUGAGGUCGAGAUUAUACCGCCGUCGUCCUCGUCCUGUUUCCCGGCCGCCGCCUGCAACCUGCUGAAAAUGGCCGGAAACAAAAUUACCGGCGCCGUCACACACCUCUUUCACGGCGCCGCUCACUGCGUGCACUCAGUGGCCACCUUUAGCGGCAACGUUUGGUGGGAUUUCAAGACCGUGAUUCGGCCGUCGCCGAUGAGCUCGCUCGCCUGGGCAGCCUCCUUCCCCUUUUUCCUCUACGGAUACGACGUGGCGAUUCAGGAGUCGGGGACUUCGAUUUUGGGCGAUCUCCGCCUCAGCCAGACCGAUGUGACCGUCUACCUGACGUGCACCGGGAGAGCGGCGUACGGGGUUGGUGCUUUCGCGGCCGGUGUAGCUGCGAACUACGUCGGCCGGAGGUACGUUCUCGCGUCCGUAGGAGUCUUCUACACGGCGGGGGCGCUCGUGGUGGCGUUCACCACGAGCUACGUGUGGUCCACUGUAGGACGCGCGCUGGCCUGUUUCGGCGUGGGGAUGGGCCUACUCGUGGGACCCAUCUUCAUCGUCGAAACGGCACCGUCCACGACCCGAGGAUACCAUGGUACCUUCCCACAGGUAAUCCAUUUUUUUCCAAAGUAGUAAAUACUAUUCGAUCAUUUUUACGAGGAAUUUUACAAUGCUAUAUAGUAUUGGUGCUAUAGGUUUUUGCCUUUAUGGUACAACUUAAAAUUGUACAUUUAUGUUAUGGUACAAUUUCAGAUUGUACCUAUACUGUUUGUACAAAUUCAUUUAUGGUACAACUUGAACUUGUACCUUUAUGUGAUGGUACAACUUCAAGUUGUAAAGUUGUACCAUAACAUAAUGGUACAAAUUCUUUUAUGGUACAAUCUAAACUUAUACAUUUCAUGUUAUGGUACAACUUUAAGUUGUACAUUAAAGCACCAAUACUAUAUAGCAUAGUAGAAAUGCUCUCAUUUUUACUGCUUGCUUUCUUUAAAAGUUACAAAUUAGGAAGGGGAAAAGCUGAACUCUUAGUCUCUUGAGUUUUAAUAAUUGCACAUAAAUUCCAUCUAAUAUUAUUUUUGGUUGCACUGUUAAUAAUUCCGUCCGAAAAGCUAACUGCGAUUAUUAAAUCUUAAGUAGGCGAACAUGAACAUUAAAUCGGGGGUUAAAUACUACUAGGUGCAAUAAACCAUAGGUCCAAAUCGUACGUAACAUUUUAUUGGUCGGAAAUUGUAGUACAUUAAUGUCAUACGUAAAAUUUGUAAUGUCUUUUAUAGGGUAAAAUCCAUGUUUGGUCACUAUAUUUACUAAAAAGUGUCGUGUUUAGUCACUAAAAAUAUUUAAUUUCAAUGUUGGUCACUCGAAUUAGUUAAACAGUUCAUAUUUGAUCACUUGAAUUAGUCAAACAGGUGUUUGGUCAUUCUUUGUUAUUCUCCAUCCAACUAUAUUAAUUAAGUCAGUAUCUGUUGAACUGUUGUUGUGGCGAACAAAAUGGCAGAAUCAGCAAAUUUUACCCUAAAAAUUUGAAAUCCGACCCAUAAACCCGUCAUAUCAUCACGACCAAUCCAACCUAAUUUGACCCGAAAAACAUAAACCCAAAAACCUAUUCAUCUUCCUCGUCGAAACCUACCUCGAUCCUUACCAUCUCUUAGUCUCCAAAUCCGGCCACCUUCUCUACGCCCACCGUCCACAAUGCCGAGAAAACCAAAAAGAAAAAAAAAACCCCCAAAAUUCCA